UUCCACCGCCACCAGCAGGAUGGAUGAAAGUGAACCGAAUCAUGGGGUUAUCGAGGUAGAGGGGGAUUUAUUUGCCGCGCCAGAUGGAGCUGCCUUGAUCCAUGCGUGUAACAGCCAGGGUUCGUGGGGGGCAGGUAUCGCCAACACUUUCCGAAUCAGGUAUCCAGCUGCAUACAGAAUGUAUCGCGUCCACUGCGCCCGAUAUAUCAGGAGGCCGCAGUAUCAAAUCGUUUCAUCAUGUGCUCAUGGUAGAACGUCCAGAAGACGGCGCUUGCCAGAGGGUACUGCGCUGAUCAUCCCGCCCCAGGAAUACGACUACGAGCACUCCGAUAAGAGACACUGGAUUAUCUGCCUUUUCACUUCGCCGCGGUUCGGACAAAACAGGAGCUCCCCGGAGGUGAUUCUGGAGAAUACCGUGUUUGCCAUCGCCGACAUGAAGAGACAACUCAGGAUUCUUCGCGUUCGGGAGGUUGAGGGCGGGCCUGCUGAGCUUUGGUCCUGUCGGUUCAACUCUGGGCUGUUUGGGGUGGAAUGGAGGCUGACGAGGAGUGUUCUGGAAGAUGCUCACCUUGAUGUGACUGUUGUUCGUCCUCGGGGAGGAGUGUGAGCUACCUGUCAUUCAUCAUGUUUUCAAAAAGGGGGCUUUCUAAAUUUAAUGGGCUACUGCAAACAAUAAAGUACUCUAUUUGG